CUGACGUCAAACGAGGUGGGGGGUUGGUUACAUGGAAGCUCAAAUAUUCGGUGACGGUGGUGCGUAGACGAGGGUGCAAAAAAAAUAACGGUGUCGCGUGAAUGUGAGCUUCGACGGGCCUAGUGGACACGUGUGUUUGUGCCAUGUGUUCGUCUCAGGUCACGGUGACGAAUACGGAAGUCGCACGGUCCAGGAGCGAACGCCUCGCGACGUAUCUACGUCGCAAUUACGCAAUGACCAGCCACUAUGUAGUAUACUACGCGUGAGGAUCGUCUGCGACUAUAUUUAAAAAACUCCGUUCGAAAAGCUCCUCUCUCGAUGGUUGAUCGUGAAUGAACAAGUUACCAGCAUGAGCUUUUGGACCCGCAGACGAUUUCGUAUCACGCCGCUACGCGCGUUGGCAGCUUUCGUCCUUAUGGUCAUGUUGUUCUGGUAUAGCCUCAGUCGGCAAGAAAUACCGCGGCAACCGUGUAGCGUACCGGAGGAAUUCACGGAGAAACUACACGACCUUGCCUACAGGGCACAUUUGGUGCUAGCCAAACUGAGCACGGUGCACUUCUUGUGUCUUGGCGGGCUUUGGGGUCAAGUUCGGAUCGGUCGUGCUUUGCCCUGGGCACGUAAGGUCGAGCUUUGUAUGGUGGACACGCUUAGAGACGAUGUUCUGAUAACAAAUGCGUUCCGCGAAGUUGAACUCAGUGCUACGUAUCUGCAUGCGGCCGGUGUUUAUCGUAUCCAAGAGUACGACGUCGUCGGGGAAGAUGCGCCUACGGUGGAAGUUGUGGUGUUUGAGGAAGACGCUGUGACGCAAAUGGUAAGGAGAGUCGGUUGGACUAGAAGGAUGCUGCCUCCGGAUUGCGAAUUCUCUCCGAGCCUGCAGUGCUUCCCGCCUCAGCUCGUGAUUCCACCCUUGCCGGUGAAACAGUUCGGUGGUCGACCGAUGCCAGUCCCUAGGGAAGGCAUCGAGUUGCAGAAGUAUCAUUAUCCGAACAAUUGGUGGCUGGAAGUAAAGCCAACCGACUGCACCGAGCUUCAAGAGACGAGCGCGUAGUAGUCGCUUCCGUUGUAGACACAAUUGUUCGCAACCCUGUGUCCAAUUUAUCAUGUGGACAGUAAAGUAUACUCUGGAACUGCUAGAACGCAGGACGUGAUACGAAACUCGCAUUAUCACUGCUCGAUUCUAUUCCAAAAAUCUUUUAAUCAUUCACGUUAGUAAUAAAUGAUUCAGUGUUUCGGGCGGGGAAUUAAAAGGACUGAAUCGAAGCUGUGAGACGUUUUCUAUAGUAAGUUGUUAACUGUUUGAAAUAGAAAGAGAGGUAAUGGCUUCGGGACGCAGUGAUGAGUUUCGCAGGAGCUACUCUUAAGGGCUAUAAAGAAGUCUUGUUGAGUUUAUGAUUGGUUGAAAAAUCGUAAAUAAAACGCGACGCGUAUGUAUGCAACUAGUCGAUAUUUUUAAAAGGCUUUCUGUUCUUCCAGCUAUUUAUAGAUAAUUUAUUCAGAUUCGUAAAUAGUUGCGCGCCCUGACGAGAUUCCAGUUAUUACAUGGAUGAUCUUCUCUAAGAAAGUGAAAGUUGCUUCAAAGAAAGUAGGAAGUGUUCACUGAUCGUUAUACUUUAAUUUGACUCUUAUACAAACUCAAAGCUUGUAUUGGAAUUAAUAUUUUGUAGUAGAAAGAUGUUGUAGAAAGAUGAAAUACUUUUCUGAAUAACAUGCUAGAGAUUAAUGUAAGACACGAUGAAAGCGAUUAUCAACGUGGCUGGAUUGUACGCGAAAAAUCGAAUUCUAAUGUGAACUAAGACUAAUGAAAGUUAUGCAACCAUGAACUAGGUAAACUUGUUCCUUUUAAGAGUCUGAGUACUUAUGAAAGUCUUCGUACAGUUUACGUGGCAAAGAUAUUUACAAUUCAGUGGGAUGUAUUAGAGACAAGUCUGAUAAUAUUAACCCUUUGCACUUUAUUAUUUAUUCUGAUCUGUUCUAAUUUGGAAAAUCUAUCCACCUUAAUACAUUCAUACUAUCUACAUAAAAUGACACGAUUUUAUUCAGUCUGACAUCAGAUUCUAUGAUAAACUCUAGAGGAUUCGAACAUCAUUAUUUGAGUUUUUACAUAUUGCAUGAAAGCACAGUAUAUAUUAUGUAUGUUCGUAAUUUAUCGUCUUCAUACAUUUACGUCACGAUUGACACAUGAUAUAUUAUCACGAAAAAUCGUCAGAUCGUUAUCGAUGUGUCAAAUGUGCAAGGGGUUAAAUUUACGAUAAAUCAUACGUAACCAGAACCGUAGUAAGAAUUCCAGCUGAUUUUUAUUAUCUCAUUUCAACCUACACUCUUAUUCAUGCUAGUCGCCUAAUAAGUAUUUGUUUGUGAUAUAAAAACUAAUUUAUAUAUAAUUACCAGUCGUUCAUAAAUUACAUUAAGUGGAAAUAAUGAAUAGUUCAUUUAUUUAAAGUUAUAACUGUUACUCUGUGCAUUUCACUUAAACGAUACUUACACAGCUAAUUUAAUGACUACUACUCCUUAGUAAUUACUAUUUUAAUUUGAAACGUCAAGAGAUACUGAUAGACCAUUGAAAUGCUUCCUUCAAAGCUUUAACAGUACAAUUAUUUAUACACGUAUUUAUACCGCUUUUUAUACAGGAUACCAACGAGAACGUGCGUUUUCUCAUUUUUCAAAUCUCUAUAACGUUCAUCCGAACAUGAUGUCCCAUUAUGAAAUUAAUCAUACUAUCGUGAUCCGAUCGAUUUUUUAACUCAAUUGUACGAUCGUUUCGACAAUAAUUCUCAUCGAUUUUAAUUGCGACGGCACCAACGGAAGCAGAAAAACCGGCGACAGCUGCUGUCGAUGGUUUUUCUGUUUUUUUGCCAUACUUCUUUUCAAUUAGUAUCUACCAGCGCACUGAUUGAAUUCCAGUGCUGUGAAAAACUAGCGCAACUGUUGAAUGCCGGCAGAACAGUUCGUAUUCCCUGAAAGUGAUGAACUCCAGUUUCUGUAGUUUCCCUUUGUUUUUUCUGGAGUCUGUCUAAACAAUUUUUAUAACGAAUGUAAAUAUACAUAUCCCGAAAUAUUUAUUUUCCUCUUCAAAAUCUAUUUCUUUAUCCAACGAGAAAAUUCAGUUAAAUAUUUUCAGACCAUUUGCACGAAGACAAAAUCAAUGCGAAUGAUUAUAAAAAAAUUUUGAUGAAAUUUGUCAAAUCUAUGAUGUACUUCGCUUAACUUUAAAUCAUCGAUCAACUUCGUAUUUUUAUGCCAAGUAUGCAUUUCGUUCGAAUUAACUAUACGUACCACUUGACAUAUUUCACACGAAUGCACGCGUUUGUACGUAACGUAUGUACUUUGUAUGUAAGUAAAUGAGCGAUUUAAAUUAUCGUAGUUGUCUCUUAAACGUGGUUAAAUAAAACGUGUAAAACAAAA